UGCGAUUGUCAUUAUAAAUAAAUAUUUAUGAUUGUUUAUCUGUGCCCUUUUUUUCGUUAGAAUAAGUGGGUUCUCUUGGAAGGUUUAAAAUUUUAAAGUGGUAUAAAGUGCACUUUGAACAAAGAAGUGAUAAAAAUAGUGCCAAUACAUCGUAAUCUCAAACGAAAGAACGAUAUCUCAUAAUAGUAAAAUUGAACUCAAAAUCAUGGAAAAUUCCCCAGAAUCGGAUAACAUUGCAACUUGUCAGGAAAACUGCUGUGAUGUCCCCACGAAGCCCCUUUUAACCGAAGAAAGAAUGCGCAGAAAACUCCAGUUCUUCUUUAUGAAUCCAAUCGAAAAAUGGCAAGCUAAAAAACGAUUCCCCUACAAAUUCGGCGUUCAAGUUAUUAAAAUCAUACUCAUCACGAUGCAAUUGUGUCUAUUUGCUCAUUAUAGAUACAACCAUGUAAAUUACACUUGGGACAAUAGGAUUACUUUUUCGCAUUUAUUUUUAAAAGGUUGGGAUACAACCAGGGAAGUAAAUGCCUACCCACCGGCUACAGGGCCUCUGGCAAUCUACCGAGUAGACGAUUUUUACGCGACCAUCGAUUACGCUUACUCGGGCUACGCCAACUUGGAUAAAGCCGUAGGGCCGUAUUCCUACGCGAACGAAGACAACACGAUGACAGACAUGUUAUUGUGCAUUUACCAAUACAAAGAGGGCAUCAUAUUCGGUUUCAACGAAUCGUACAUAUUCAACAGCGAAAUCGAAGAGAAAUGCAUCAAUAUAACGCAACCGGUUAACGGUUCGCUCGAUUCCAAAUCGUACAUGACCGACUUCGAUUUAGGCUUGAAUUUCUCGGCGUUGGUUCGAGCCGAAUUGAUAUUUUCUCUGAAAACGGUGAACUUCAAAGCAGCCGGUAGGAUAUCGCCUCCGAAUUGCUACCUGUUCAAUAUCGUGAUAACCUUCGAUAACGAGGAUCACGAUGGACAGAUGGUCGUCAGCUUGGACGCCGAUCCCAUCCGCUUGACCUGCAAAGGCGACGUUUCCUACAUCAAAGACAACGAAAUCGAAUCGAUACUGCGAAGCCUCCUCAACUAUUUGGUGAUACUCAUUUGCGUGACAUCGUUUGUGCUGUGCUCGCGGGCCGUGUGGAGGGCCCAUCAACUGAAGAACAUCACCAAUCGGUUCUUCGUAAACAGGUUCGAUCAGGAGUUGAGCCACACCGAUAAAAUGAAGUUCCUCAAUCUUUGGUACAUCAUGAUCAUCAUCAACGACGUGCUAAUAAUCGUCGGAUCGGCCAUCAAGGAGCAAAUCGAGAAAGAGCAAUUCGCCAGCGACCAUUGGAAUAUUUGCAGCUUGUUUUUGGGCAUAGGGAAUUUGUUGGUGUGGUUCGGGGUGUUGAGGUACUUAGGGUUCUUCAAGACUUACAACGUGGUGAUUUUGACCCUUCAAAAAGCAGCUCCGCAAGUGGCGAGGUUCUUGUUGUGCGCUCUGUUGAUUUACGCGGGUUUCACGUUCUCGGGCUGGUUGAUUUUGGGGCCGUAUCAUCUGAAAUUCCGGUCGCUUUCGACCACAUCGGAAUGCUUGUUUUCGUUGAUCAACGGAGACGACAUGUUCGCUACGUUUUCCAUUAUGUCGAACAAAUCGCCGCUGUUGUGGUGGUUCAGUAGAAUAUACUUGUACGCUUUCAUAAGCUUGUAUAUCUACAUAAUAUUGAGCUUGUUCAUAUCGGUAAUUAUGGACGCUUACGACACGAUAAAAGUUUGUUACAAAGAGGGUUUCCCGAAAACGAGUUUGGAGUGUUUCAUAGGAGAGACGAACAUCGAAGACGUCUCGAGCGGUCUGUUUAGAACGGACUCGAACGAUAGUUUGGGCGGUCUAAUGAAGGAUCUCUGCUGUUGCAAGAGGAUCCACAGGACCUACUCGACGUUGAGAUCGAGCACCCAAUCGAGGGCGACUAUUUUAAUAUGAUGCAAUCGUGUAAAACGUGUGAUAAUGAUAUUAUAUUGUACCGAGAUAAUCUCAUUUCUGUUGUGAAUUGUGAUUGGUUCUUCUGUUGAUGGUUAUUUAGUUGUAUGUAAUGAUUUUAUUUAGAAUUUUAUAGUGUUAAUUUACGAGAGUUAUCCACAUAAGGUUACCUAAAAUUAUGUACAAAAUGUUUAUUUUAAUAUGGUUACCCGUUGAUUUUAUUGAGAAGCCAAACUAAUGAUGCCGUUCAACAUUCAUUUAUUUAUAACAUACAAAACAUAUAUUUUUUCUAGUUAACUACACAUUUAAUUUGAUUGUUCAGCUUUCAAAGAUUUGGUAAAUCUUGGAAAGAAGAACAUAAUUAAGCAGUUUUAAAAAUAUCCAUCUUUCAAUUUUUUUUGAAAGCAAACAAAUCGCAAAUAAUUCAAUGAAAAUUUUUAAAACUUGCGGAUUAAAAUAUACGAACUACAUCACAAUUUGAAAAAAUUAAAAUAAAUAAAAUAUACUAUUUUCAUAAAAUUGUAACAAUGUAUAGGAUUGAAAAUGUUUUAGAUGUAUAGUAAAAAUACAAAUUCUAAAUUAUGUAAAAAUAAAAUAUAUUUUUGGACUUUACUUUCUUCUCAGAACUUUUAUUACAACCUCUUUCUGCCUGGUGUAUGAAGUAGAGUUAUAAUUUUAAAUUAAAAAUAUAUUAAAGCUUCUACAAGGUACGUGCUUCUUUUAAUGACAAAUUUAAAGAUCACAGCUCUACAAUGUGUUACACGAGUGCAAAACCUCUGUUUAAUCUUUGUAAAAUUUCUUAUUUGCACCGUUUUUGAGAUCCAUAAAGUGCUGUAAUCAGUGAGCGAAUCACCCUCUAAAAUAUUGUUUUGAAACACUGAUAUAAUAUAUGGAAUUUGACCAGAUUAAUCACGAGUAAUAAACUUAAUAUAAGCAAAAACUAUAACAUACGAUAUUAAACAAAAAAUGCAUUUUAAUAGCCAACGGUUUCGGAAGAAAUGUAUUCAGAUAACCAUUUAGUAUCUAAUACAAACAAUGCAGCCGCUUCCCUAAAACUAACAUAUCCAAAAUAGGAGAAUUCCAGUGUAGGUACAUGUAAAAAAUGGAAUAAAUAUAGAAGGAAAAUGCAAUAGAUUCAAUUACUACUUAACAUAGCUUGAAUCUCCACGAUACUUUUGUUUUUCGUUUCCGGAACAAAUAUAUAAACGAAAAAUAUCCCAAUCAUCGAAGCCGAUGCAAAAAUAUAAAACGUACUAUCCUGUCCGAUGUAAUUCGAAACUUGCAAAUAGAACCUGGUCAAUAUGAAAGCCAAAAACCAGUUGACCGUACCCGCCGUAGAACUCAGUAUACUCUUAAUUUCCGUAGGGAAUAUCUCCGAAGACACCACCCACGGUAUGGGCCCCAAACCGAUCGAGUAAGCGAUGAUAAAAACGCAAAGCGCCCCCACCGGCAGAAAUCCCAAUUUCGCGAUGACGCUCUCGUCCACCUCCGUCCUGUUCUUCAGAGUGAAAAACGCCCCCAAAAGGAACAUAGUAAUGGUUAUAAACAGCGCGGAAACGAACAGCAAUAUCCUCCUUCCCAAUCUGUCGAUGACCGAAGCGGAAACGAAAGUAGUAACGGCUUGGAAGAACCCCACCAGUAUGGCGGCGUCGUGGGGAUCCAAUUUCACUCCGGACGUUUUGAACACAUCGGUCGUGUACAAAAUAAUCGCGUUGAUGCCGCUGAAUUGCUGGAAAAACAUCAACGAACAGGAGAUAACGAAGGCUUUAACCACGUGAGUUUGCUUGAAAGUCUCCGUUAAGGACACUGUCGCUUGGAUGCUCUCCUUCAAAUAGCCUUCGAUUUCGUUCAAUUCCGCGUCGAUUUUGUACCGUUCGCCUCGUAGAGUAAUUAGCGUUUUCUUCGCAUCAUCGUACAAACCGCGUUUCAGCAGAAACACAGGCGAUUCGGGUUGAAAAGCGAACGUUACAACGAAUACAAAAGGCAACGAAGCGCACCAUAUCGUAAAGUGUAUCGGCGACAAAUACUUCCCCGUUAUGUACGCCAGGAAUAUACCGAUGGUCACCAUCAACUGAAAGUAACUCCCCAGCGUUCCUCGCAGCGUUUUGUGCGCUAUUUCGCUGGUGUAUACGGGGGCGGCGAUGCAACAGGCGCCCGCCGCCGCUCCCGUCAACAACCUACCGAAAUACAGCAUUAGAACGUGGUGGGCAAAUAUAAUCAACAACCAGCCGACUGUGAACGGUACGAACAGCAAUAGUAGAGUUUUCUUUCGGCCGAUUAUGUCGCAAAUGAAGCCCGUUGGUAUGCACAUGGCCAUUCCUCCGAGGGUUACAAAGGAGCCCACCCAGCCUAUCUGAUCGCUGUCUAUCUUGAUGUCGUUGAAACGGCCUGCUUCGAGCUCGUUGAGAAUCGGAGACGUCCAGGCCAGUACUGCCCCAGCGGCCAGGGCUGAGAUGGUGG